GGGGUGGUGUUGCUUUUGAGUGAAAGGAUUACACAGAGAGUUCACUUGCUAUUAUUAUUAUUAUUAUUAUUAUUACGAGGCAAGUGAUAAUAAACGGGAUGUUUUGCUGGCGAGGGCGCUUUUGAAACCUCAACCACCACGGGAAGGAAUUCCGUGGAGGAUUCUCACCUGCACAACAUCAUCGUCAUGUAAUUUUCUCAUCUCAAUGGAAUUUGCUCACAUAUCACCCUCCUCCAUACAUUCUUCUUUUUUGAGAAGACUCUAUACUCACCAGCACUCAUAUACUAAUAACAUAACUCGCUGUUUACCAAAUAAAUACCAACCACAGAAUCAUUCAUUCGCUACUCUGCUAUGCAAGUUUGAAGUUACCUUUCCAUGUAUUUGAAAUGAAUCUAUCGAAUUAUUUACAUACAUAGAAGAGCUGCUCAAUAUUUAAUUUUUCAGAGAGAAGAUGGGUUCACUUCCUCUGUGACGAAAAUUAUUCACUUGUGCAACUGUCAUUAUAAUUUAUAAUAUAGUCAGUCACCAAAUUAAUUGCUAGAAUUAUACAUAAUGUGAUGGUGGCUGAAUGUUGAAUUGGCCUAUUAAAAUUAAAACUGUGUUGGUUUUGGUUGCACAAAAAUAUUAAAACCAACCACUACGUGACGUGACAGACUUUAAUUGCACAAAGUUUUGAUCCAAAUUGUGAAAACUUGUUAAUACAACAAUCACCUACGAAAGACAACAUAUGUAUGUACUAAAUUCUACUUUUGUGCAGAGUGGGUGUCGGUCGAGAAACAUGAUAAUAAAAAUACAAAUUGUACUGAAGUUGUGCUGGGUCUACUAAAUUUAUAAUUAGGAAAAUAAUUAAGAACAAGGUGCAAGGUGGGGUUAAGUCGUAACUGAACCGAAAUUACAAUGGAACACAGUGUUUUAAUAUUAAGCUGCAAUACAAUGGUGGGUAGAACUACGAAAUUCGCAUUUUAUCGGGUGCAACAAGAAGAACACUUAAAAUCAUGUAUGACUGUCGCCUGUGAACUUGGCUUGAAAUAUUCCCACAACAAUGGGCACUAGUUAAAUGUGUAUGUGUUUGGGUGGUACUCCUCCUGUGCGUAGCGACAUAUUGUUACCUCAUCGUGGCGUAGAGGUGAACUGCCCCAUCAAUAAUCGAAUCUUCGUACUCAACCGUUUCGAAGAAUUAAUAGGGUUCUUAAGUCAAUCAAAACUAUCACGCUGACGUGAACAUCAACUACAAUUCAAUCCAAUCUUGCCAAAGAGCAAAUUAUGUUGCGUUGUUAUUUACCAUAAUAUUUACAAUAAUAAUAAUCAUUUCCUGUGUUGUGACUUGGACUUGGACUUAUUUGUACAAAUUGUACCCAUACGGCAAAUACAAUAUAUAGACACUACUCAACAGAGGAAAAUUGGAGGAGGACGGAUACCAUUCCAAUUUCCAUUGUAAGUGUGCUUAUGAUUAGUUUCAUCAACAAGAAGAAUAGCAGGGGAAAGCAGUAGAAGUUGAAAGAAAGUUGUGCUUACGUGGAGAUAACGAGGAACAAAAAACAACUCUCAAUGAAUCAGACUGCCAGUUUGGUGAAUCAUUGGAUGGAUCUGAAGGAUUCGUUCGGCAUGGAGCGAAUGACCACCAGCCCCACCCCACCCGAUAUGGCACUCCCACCCAGGCCCAGAAAGGGGGAGGUCAAGCUCAAUUCUAUGCCCUGGUUUCAUGGGAAGAUUUCUCGAGACAAGGCUGAGGAAUUGUUGAGACCUCGGGAAGAUGGCCUAUUUUUGGUUCGAGAGUCCACGAAUUUUCCAGGGGACUACACUCUUUGUGUCUGUUGGCAAGGAAGAGUAGAGCACUACCGUGUGAUAUAUAAGGAUAACCAAUUGACAAUAGACGAAGAAGAGUUUUUUGACAAUUUAUCAAAUUUAGUAGAACAUUAUGAAAAAGAUGCGGACGGGUUGUGCACAAUGUUGAGUAAACCUCUUCCGAAAGCUGGAAGUCAAGAGUACUGUGUCGAUGUCAAGGCGUUUCUUGAAGCUGGUUGGGCAAUUCCACCCAAAGAUGUUGAGAUGCUCGAGUCAUUGGGAAAAGGGGAGUUUGGUGAAGUUAGACUUGGCAUGUUACGAGGAGAGAAAGUAGCUGUGAAAGUAUUAAAGGAACAAAGCAAAGCAGCACAAAAGUUUCUUGCAGAAGCUUCACUUAUGACGUCAAUCAAACAUCCAAAUUUAGUUCAGCUCUUGGGAGUUGUAAUCGAAGGGAAAAAUAUUUAUCUGGUCACUGAAUACAUGAGCAAAGGGAGUUUACUAGAGUAUUUGAGGUCUCGUGGAAGACUGCAUGUCACAAAGACGGAUCAAAUUAACUUUGCAUUUGACACAUGUGCUGGAAUGGUUUACUUGGAAAGACGUUCUAUAAUUCACAGAGAUUUAGCUGCUCGAAAUGUGCUAAUUUCGGAGGAUGGUGUUGCGAAAGUUGCUGACUUCGGUUUGGCUUGGAGGGAGGAAGCCACAACCUCUGAAUCUUCAGACCGGAAAUUGCCAAUAAAAUGGACAGCUCCUGAGGCCCUUAGAAAAAAUAAAUUCUCAAACAAAUCUGACAUGUGGAGUUUCGGUAUACUUUUGUGGGAAAUUUAUUCGUUUGGAAGAGUACCUUACCCAAGAAUUCAACUAAAUGACGUUCUUCGCAAAGUAGAACAUGGAUAUGUCAUGGAUGCUCCAGAAGGAUGUCCUCCACAAGUAUACGAAUUAAUGAAAAGAGCGUGGAAUCUUAAUCAGGAUUUGCGACCAACUUUUCAUGAAGUUAGCAUAUUAUUAGGGCAUCUCCGAGGGGGUACAGGAGGUCAAAAAAAGUCAUCAUGACACCAAUCAUCCACCAUGUCCAAACUUGGACACGUCACUAGUAAUCCCUACCAGUUUUAUAAAAUGAGUUGAUUGAAAAUUGGUAAAAGGAAGCUGGUGUACGGGAGGUACAUACGUCUCCUCCUGAAAAUUGCAACAGAUAAAAAUUGACGUGUCUCACUAUUAUACAAAAUUUUAGUCCGUCUUCAGAAGUUCGCAUUUAGCAAAAGAUUUGUGGUACUUUUACUUUCAAGGUACUUUUAGCCUUAGACGACUGCCAAUAAUAAGGAACAGUAGAACCAGUCCCAGUAAUGUGCCGGCCAAAUUAAUUGUUUUAACGGGUAUUAUUGGAACUAUGUCCAAAGUCUUACCAAGAACUUAUUUUUUUAGACUGCCGUAUUUCUUUCAUUGCAAUGAAAUGAAUGAAUGACUGACAGACACCACAACAUAUGUAUAUUCAUGAGCCAUACAACAAGUCAGGCUUCACAAAAUAUUCCAUGUCAAUUAGUCAAAGUCAUAGUAUAACAAUCAACAAAACUUCGUGUGAAAAAAACAUUGAUUGUAUAACAUGAUAAUUAUGAUGAGAGGUGUAAACUACUUUUACCCGACUGUAUGUUUCAAUUUUAUCAGUUUUAGGUACAUUCAUACGCGUUUUGUACCACUAAAUGCUCCAACCCGUUCGGUUAAUAAGCUCCGGUUUAUAUAUGUGAGUAGAUACAAGAUAUAAUAGGGGUGCGUGACAUAUAUCUAUCAAAACUUUUGUCAAAAAUUAUUAUUCCCAAAUCCUCUCUGUUUCAUUAACUUAACAACUAAGUACAAACUCAUAAUAAUUUAUGAUAAACUGUGAAAGGUGCUACAUGUUUAGAUUAACAAUGCUAAAAGUUAACAAUAACUAUACAAAUAGUUGUGAAUUCAAAGUGAAACCUAAAUAAAUGACAAAUUGACUAUAAAUGCAA